AUGGCGGAUAUAGAGAGCCUCCGGUCAGACGUAAACAGUCUGGUUGCCGCCAUAUUCACAGCCAUAGACUCUUACGCAGAGGAAACUUUUAUUUCCGAGAUUGACGCCUUGGCAGCCAGAUUACCCGCCAAUGACCCCGAUGGCCUAUUCCACAAGGCUUGUGCCCGAGACUCAUGGGGUCACUCAGACAAAGCCAUCCCCCUGUACCGCCAAGCUCUUGACAUUGGUGGACUGACCGGGGAACAUCGGCGGCGAGCUGUCAUUCAGAUGGCUAGUUCGAUGCGAAAUGUUGGCCAGGUAGAGGCAGCCUUGGAACUACUACUUGCUGAGCGGGAUCGUGGCACCGAUCAUCUUGACGAUGCCUUGGCAUGUACCACGGCCCUGUGUCUAUCGAGUUUGGGUAGAGACAAGGAAGGCUUGUCAAUGGUCUUGGUUGCUUUGGCAAAACACUUGCCACGAUAUAAUCGGUCCAUGACCACCUACGGCAAGGCCUUGAUGGAGACUUAA